AUGACAAUACAAAUGACCCGAAUAUUUUUACAGAUUUUACUGGCUAUCUUCCCUAUUCUUGUCUCAACUUCAAAAUCUCCCAGAGAUAUUCUUUCAGUUGAUAUGUUUGAGGAACAACCAGUUGGUUCCCAUGUUACUGACAUUGCUCAGGAAUUAGGACUUUCCGUUGACAAGAAUAUCAAUUCUGCUUCUGCCUACAUAGCUUCAAAUUUUACGAUUGUGGUUGCGAACUUGGCAAUCAACGAACACUUUGGAAUAUCCCCUACAAAUGGAAGGAUAACUCUCAAGAAACAUCUUGAUCGCGAUACACUGUGCCAGAAUGAGCGACUAUGUUGCAUUUCUGAAGAUGAUAGUGGUUCAGCACCAAUUCAACUUCCUGAUGGCAGUUACUUUAGACGUACAGCGAAGUUAUGCAAACUCGCUUUUCGAGUUGUUUAUCGGUUGAGUGAAAAUGUGAGUGCUCCACAUGAGGGUCGGAUGGCUUUCUGUUCCACUGAAGUAACCGUUCUUGAUCUCAAUGACUGUGCACCAAGAUUUCUCUUAAAGGAUUACUUUCCUGCCUAUGGGGGACACUACCGACCAAUGCCAAAAUCAAUUUCCAUCACUAUUCCAGAAGAUACGGACACUGAUACCUGUUUUGACCUCCCUAUGGCUUUUGACGAAGAUUCUGGCCGAUAUGGAAUUCAAGAAUAUCGGAUAGAAGCUACUGAGAAAGGAGCUUCCACAAUUGAAGGAAAUAUUCAUGACAUUUUUGCUAUUAGACUUGGUAACUGCGACGGCAGUAGGAAUGCGAUAUAUGAUACGGGAGGAGAACUGGAUAUCGCGAAUAUGAAACCUAAGUUACAGUUACGGCAAAGGCUUGAUAGAGAAACUGUGGCUGAAUAUCAUUUCACUUUGGUUGUUGCAGAUGGAAUGGAUUCUAGCAGCCCUGCAUCUCUAUACAAUAAACACACCAGCCUUCUUCCACACUCUGCAAGUUUAGCUAUAAAGGUUCUUGUAGGUGAUGUCAACGACCACGCUCCUGAAGUUGAUCACACAGUAGAAAUAAAACUGAAAGAAGAUACUCCUAUUGGCACUCGCGUUACUCAGAUCGUAGCCAAUGAUAAGGAUAUAGGUGACAAUGGCAAAAUUCGCUAUGAAAUCCGAUCUAUUGGUCCAUUAAAAGCGUCUCGAUUUCCUUUUGCAAUUGAUUCAACCACUGGAAUAAUAUCGAUUGUUAAUCCACUGGAUGCAGACAGCCUUCCUCCAGAGUCCCAUGGAGUUAUGGAAUUUCUAGUGAUAUCUUCUGAUAACGGGCAGGAUAUUUCUUUCUCAAGCACCACUACUGUGAGUGCUCAUGUUGAAGAUAUUAAUGAUGAAGCGCCGGUGAUAAAAACAGUCGAUUUGGCAAGCAGAAGUAAUCCACCAAGGCCUUCGGUUCGAGAAAACCUUCCAUCUGGAACAUUAGUUGCCUUUGUCACUGUCACAGACGCUGAUUCUGGAGGUAAUGGUUUAGUCACUUGCAAGGUUGACAACAAUAAGUUUGAUCUCGAGUCAAUCGGAGAUAAAAGUGCAAAAAUCAAGGAGCUUCAGCUGGUUACAAAAGUUGUAUUAGAUCGCGAAGACUCUCCAAUGCAUAGAGUGACAAUAAUCUGUGUGGAUCAUGCACAUCCCGUAACAUUUGCCAAGACGGGCAUUCAGAGGGUUCUUGUCACAGUGACAGAUGAAAACGACAACGAUCCAAUGUUUCAUAGCGAUUUGAUUGAAAUCACAGUUCCUGAAAAUAAUCCACCUGGAGAACUUCUUUACCGCCUAAAUGCUACCGAUGCAGAUGAACAAGUUUCUUGGAAUACCGGUCUUCGAAACCCACUUAUCUAUGAAAUUGAUCAAACCGGUCAGAUGUACCUUAAUCUGGAUCAUUCCUCAGGAAACCUCUAUACGAAAGAAUCAUUCGACCGAGAGAAACAGGAGUUCAUUGAAUUUGGUGUUAUCGUCAAAGAUCAUGGUAUUCCUCAACGAAGUGCCAGCGCUAAGGUCAUAGUUCGAAUUCUCGAUAGAAAUGAUCAUGCACCAGAGUUUGAACAGAACGAGUACAAUAUUAGUGUACCUGAGAAUACUGUCGUUGGUGAAGUGAUUUUGAACGUGAAUGCUCAUGAUAAAGAUCAGGGUCAAAGUGCGGAAUUUACUUAUCAUAUGGAUGACCUCAGGGUAAGCAAAGAGUUUUCAAAUUUGUAG